AAUAAUGCUGGGCCCGGCACCACUGCUCGAACGAGGGCCUCGAAGUUGCUGGUUUGUAGGAUGGAGUUCACCAUAUCGGAUCAGGCAACCUCCGAGGACGCAGCGCGUGCUCUACGAGAGCAGUCUCAAGCUUACCCGAAGGCCCCAAAUGUGAAUUUGGAGAUGCCACAGACAGAGGCACACAUUGAUGUGAAGUACAAAGCCGAUAUCCCCUCAACGAAAGUCGCUGUAGAUGUGGACACCGAUUUGGCUGUUGACGUUGGUAGCAGGAUUGGAAAAACGGGUGGAUUCAAGGUCGAAAUGCCGCAGGCGCCCUGGAAGAUGGACAAGUCAGGUAAGGGCAAGGGCCCGAAGGUGGAUGCUGGUUUGGACAUGUUUGACGUCGUCGCCCUGUUCUCUGCAAGUACUGACGUGAAUGCAAACGCGGAUUUAGAUGUGGAUGCUGACUUGUAA